AUGGCUGCUUCUAAUAAAGAAAUUGCUGCGUUAAUCGUAGACUAUUUGAACAAUGUUGUCGAUAAGAAAGAAGUUUCUGGCGACAAUGCCGAUUCUUUAAAUGUUGCUAUGGACUGUAUUGCUGAAGCUUUUGAAUUUGAAAGAGAUUCUGUUAAGGACACUGUUAAGUCUGCAUUCAACGGUAAUGGUUUAACAUCUUUCCUAUCUGGUUCUGCUACUAAUGACAUUCAAGUGAAUAUUGCUGAUGAUGCUGCUGAUGAAGAGCAAAAAGCUACGGCUGAAGGCUUAAAAUUAGAAGGUAACAAAGCCAUGGCUACCAAGGAUUACGAAUCUGCUAUUAAGAAAUACUCUGAAGCUAUCGAAGUUUUACCAACAAAUGCUGUUUACUACGCCAACAGAGCUGCUGCUUACUCUUCCUUAAAGAAGUAUGACGAUGCUGUCAAUGAUGCUGAAUCUGCUAUUAAAGUUAACCCAACCUAUUCCAAAGGUUAUUCCAGAUUAGGUUUCGCCAAAUUUGCUCAAGGUAAAGUUGAAGAUGCUUUAGAUGCUUACAAGAAGGUUUUAGAUAUUGAAGGUGACAAAGCUACCGAUAUCAUGAAGAGAGAUUACGAAACGGCGAAGAAGAAGGUUGAACAAUCUCUAAACUUAGAAAAAGUUACUCCAAAAGAAGCUGAAACAGAAUCUAAUGCAGAUGCAGGUACAGGUGCUGCAGGCAUGGGUGGUAUGGGUGGUUUCCCUGACUUAUCUUCAAUGUUAGGCGGUGGUUUAGGCGGUGGUUUAGGCGAUCUAUUAAAAAACCCUCAAAUCAUGCAAGCUGCUCAACAAAUGAUGCAAAAUCCAAAUGCUAUGCAACAAAUGGAGAGUAUGAUGCAAAACCCAGCUGUCAGACAAAUGGCAGAAAACUUUGCUUCCGGUGAAGGUACUCCAGACUUAAGUGCAAUGAUGAACAACCCAGAUUUGAAGGAUAUGGCUAAGAAUAUGUUUGGCAAUGGUGGUUUUCCAGGUGCUCCAAAAUAA